AUGCUUGCCGCACUCUCCCUUCUCCCUUUGGCUCUUGCUUCUGUGAGCGCAAGCACCGGAAGUGAGAAGCCUUCAACAGUGAAAGAAGACAUCCGAAACUGUCGAUGCACAUCGCGCGAUUCAUGUUGGCCUUCCGCAGACCAAUGGAAACAGCUAAAUUCAACGGUACAUGGCCGACUUUUGGCUACAGUGCCAAUUGGUUCACCUUGCCAUGAUCCGCUGUACGACGCUGCCAGUUGCGCCAUACUACGCGAUGACUGGACCGAGCCACAGACUCACUUAUUAUCGUCAUCUUCCGUCAUGUGGCCAUUCUUCGCUAAUAACAGCUGCUCGCCAUUUACGGCCAAGGAUACUUCGUGUACCUUGGGAAAUUAUGUAUCAUACGCCGUAAAUGUGUCCACGACGGCCGAUAUCGUGGCCGCUGUGCAGUUCGCAAAAGAGAAUAACAUUCGCCUCAUAGUUCGUAACACUGGGCACGACUUACUUGGACGUUCAACUGGAGCAGAUUCUCUUGCUAUUUGGACAUAUCACCUUAAAACUACUGAGGUGCUUCGGUAUUCCUCCCCUUACUAUACGGGGCCAGCUGUCAAGGCUGGUGCCGGAGUUUCUGGUGCACAAAUGCUUGAAACGGCUGAUUCCCAUGGCCUUGUUGCCGUUACUGGUGAAUGCCCAACGGUAGGCACCGUUGGUGGCUAUUCACAAGGGGGUGGCCUCUCGGUUCUCUCUACGGCUUUUGGCCUAGGGGCUGAUCAGGUGCUCGAGUGGGAAGCCGUGACGACGAGCGGAGAUAUUGUAACAGCAAAGCCUGGUCAUAACGAAGACUUGUACUGGGCCCUCAGUGGAGGUGGUGGCGGGACAUACGCCAUCGUUACAAGCGCUGUGAUUAAACUUCACCCAACCGCUAUUGCCAGUGGCGCUUCUUUCACGCUAUUGGCCAACAGUACAAGUUCGGACAACUAUGCAAAAACGGUCGCGGCUUUCCUUCGCUUGAUACCCCAAAUGGCGGACAAUGGAGCCUCCAUAAUUUACUUGCACACUGCUGAUAGCUUCCUUCUCACACCCCUCACAGUGUUCAACGCGACAAUCGACUAUGUGAGAGAUGUUCUUGCUCCGUUCCAGAGUGUCGUGGAUGGUCUUGGUCUCGUACUUGACAUAACUUAUGAUACGUACGAUACGUACAAGAAUUAUUUUACUGCGCAUUGGGGUCCCCUACCAUAUGGAUUCUUCCCAGUUGAGUCCAACACUUAUGGCAGUCGCUUGAUUCCAAGAACUGUGCUCGAAAGUGGAGAUAGUUUCCCUGAAGUUGAAGCCAAAAUCGUGGCUACUGGGGCAAUGGCAGUUGGUUUCGCUGGUUCCUUUAGCCCAGCCAACUAUCCAAAUAAUUCGGUCCUCCCUGCCUGGAGAGACGCUUCCAUUCAUGUAGAACUUCAGCUUCCAUUUAAUGAAUCGGAUUGGCAAGCGGGUAUAGCAGCUCAAGCGCUGCUCUCUGACGAGCUAGUGCCUAUGAUGGAAGAGAUUACCCCUGGCGGUGGUAGCUAUAUGAACGAGGCUGGAUGGGAGUUAACUGACUGGAAGGAGAGUUUCUUUGGGCAAAACUAUGACAAAUUGCUGCGGAUCAAAAAUAAGUGGGAUCCCAGUGGUUUACUAUACGGACUUAAGCUUGUAGGAAGUGAUGCAUGGGUUUUGGACGCAAACGGUAGACUUUGUAGGGCCUAA